GCCCCCCUUGGUGCCAGCAUGGAGGACGGCUACGACAACAGGACUUCCCUGACGAAGGGCGCCAAGGACAUCGCCAGGGAGGCCAAGAAGCACGCGGCCAAGAAGGUCAACAAGGCAGUCAACCUGGCCACCGACGAGUACUCUUCCCACCGCAACUACAGCCGCUUCCAGGACGAGGAGGACGAGGGCGACGACCGCCGGGGCCGCCCGGCGACGGACGGCGGCGGCGGCGGCUACCACGACAACGAGGAUGCCUCCAGCGACAACACGGAGGGCCACGACGACGAGGACGAGAUCUACGAGGGCGAGUACCAGGGGAUCCCCGCCGCCACCGAGGGUAAGGACCGCCAGGGCCAGGUGGCCGUGGGCCAGCCGCUGUCGGACGGCAUGAGGGACCGCAAGGAGCUGGAGGAGGAGAGGAGGGCCGACGAGGAGGAGCUGGCCCAGCAGUACGAGCUCAUCAUCCAGGAGUGCGGCCACGGGAGGUUCCAGUGGCAGCUGUUCCUGGUGCUGGGCCUGGCCCUCAUGUCGGACGGCGUGGAGGUGUUCGUGGUGGGCUUCGUGCUGCCCAGCGCCGAGACGGACAUGUGCGUGCCCAACUCCAGCUCAGGGUGGCUAGGCAGCAUCGUGUACGUGGGGAUGAUGCUGGGAGCCUUCUUCUGGGGGGGCAUGUCAGACAAGGUGGGCCGCAGACAGUGCCUGCUCAUCUGCAUGUCCAUGAACGGCUUCUUCGCCUUCCUGUCCUCCUUCGUCCAAGGCUACGGCGUCUUCCUGCUCUGCCGCAUAGUGGCAGGCUUCGGGUGA